CUUUUUAUUGCGGAUGAAUAUAUGAAUUUGAAUUUUGUGUGAAUCUGUAGUUGGUGUUGGCUUGGGUUGCGUUGCGUUGCGUUGGUUGUUUGUGUGAGGAAAUUAAACGUGUUUAUGUUGUUUGAAGUUGUUGAUAUCAGAAGCAAGUUCAUGACGAUUGUUUAUAUUUAGCAUUAAGUGUAACUAGUAAGAGACUUUCUCUGGCUGCUUGUCGGUAGUGAAACUUCACACUACUGAAGAACAGCAGAUAAACACAUGCAAGUUGUGUUACCAAAAAGUUGCUGAUGUUGGAAGGGUUUACCACAUCUGUAAACAAAGGGAAAAUUUCCUUUGAUUAUAUAGUAAAUCAACUAUAACACUUUCCUUGAUAAUCUUAAAGAGCUUACUGUUGUAUUGGUCAUCACCAUAUUGUUGUGAUCCACACUUGUAAAAAAUGAUAGCACGUGGACAUUUAAUCUUUAUAAAGCAUAAUGGCAGAGAUGGAUCGAUCUAUCCUGUUACAACACCAACCUGCUCUGUUGGUAGAGGAUACGACAAUGACAUAAGAAUUUAUGUGCAAUCUGUCUCUGAAGUGCACUGUGAAAUUUGUACAUCAGAUUUUCAACCGGCAGUACUGAAGAAUUUAAGCAGUAUCAAUCCAACUAAAGUUAAUAAUGUGUCAAUUCGUGAAAAUGAGCACUAUCUAGAACAUGGUGAUAUGAUAACUACCGGUGAAAGGUCUCUUCGAUGGGAAUACCUCCCAGGGUCUCAAUAUUACUUGCCUACUAACACAAAGAAUGCUAAGCCUCUUUCGAUGUCCCCAUUGCGUGGAAGUACUGGAAUGGUUGGCAUGCCUAUGUCUGCAUUACAAAGUACCCUAGGCAGCCAACCUUUUAGUAGACGGUCUGUAACAGAUAAGAAGAUAAAAUUGUCUCCUGCCUUAAUGGCCUCAAAUGGACAAAGUGCAUCUAAACGUCUUGUUGCUAUUGUUAGUCCACAAAGAAGACCACAGACAGAGAAGAAGGCAGCAGGUACUGUUACAAGUGUAAGCUCACCUGCUGAUAAAACUGUGGCAGAAUUGAGGAACCAGCCUUCUAACAAGAAAAAAGAUCCUACGCCAUCAAAGAAAGAGUACAGUAAAUCUGCCAUGAAAACAGCUGUGUCAGAUAUUGGUGUAAAGAUGCCUGGUAAACGGUCGUGGCAGACAUUGGUGACCAGCAGAAAAGCACCACUAGUAAAUGCCAAGGCUUGGAAAUCUGUUGGUGGCUCAUCAGUGUCAAGAGUAAGCCGAAUUCCAUCACGUUUGAAAUCUGUACCCAAACUCUCGAGUGCUAGAACACCUCAGAAAAGUAGGAAGUCAUGUGGAAACUUCCAAGUGAAGAAUACAGUAUUGUCCAUGAAAAAGACAAAAUCUGAACAGAAGGUAACAUUUACUGUAUCAGAUCAAGAAAAGAAAAGGAAACUUGAAUCUGGACUUCGUUCAGCAGAAAGAGCUGCUAAAAAGUUGAAAUUAGAGAGCCCAAAAACACCUGAUAAAAAGAAGAUGGCUGCCCUCCUAGUGUGUCAUGGGAAAGUUUCACGUCCAAAGACUCCACAGUUUGUUUCCAGUUUCCCUCAACCAGUGGAAGACACAUUAAAAGUGGAAAGGAAGAGUGGGAUACAUACCACAGCAGCAAAAUCUGGAAGUGCAGUACGUAAGGCUGCCAGGAAAACAUCAGAAAACUUGCAGUCAGAAAUUCCAACAGAUUUCAACUUUGGUUCCAACACUCUUGAUCUGGAUGUAUCAUUUGGUGAAAAGAUCAAAGAGAGCCCACUCAGAUCAUCUCAGAAAAGUCGUAGAAGCCGCAUACUGAAAUUAGAGCAGGCUGUUUCACCUAAACUUGAAGAAACUGUUAACAUAUCUGGUGUUGCUGAACUUUUCAGUUCUCCAGUGAAUGUAUCUAGUAAACAGAAGAUUGCAUCCAUUACUUGUGAUAAUGGACAUACUCCAGCUGCAGAAAGAGAAUUGAGUGGUAUAUCUGCAUCUCAUCUUACACCUGACUCUUCAAGAUCAGAAAUUGGUUUCAGCUCAGGCAAGAAAACUCCUAAACAUAGUGUCCAUCAUUCACCCUUUGGGAAACGCUUGAAGAAAACUCAGCGGUCUAAAUCAGCUUCUGACAGUGAAGAUGUAAAAGAUGCUGAGACUCAUCAGUCUAAUCUUGGCACUCCUCAUGCAGGCAGAAGGUCCAGAUGUAUAAGUCUAAGCACUCCUGAAACCAAUGAUCUAACAAACAAAACAUUAUCUGCAAGGAAAUCAGGGAUUUUGUCUGUGAAGCAAACUCCUAAUUAUGGGUCUCACUGUUCUGGCACAACAAAGUCACCAGAAAUGGGAGAGAAAGCGAGAUCAGUUACUUCAAGCACUCCUAGUCCUAAACAAACCACUUCAGGAUGGAAUUCAAGGAGUUCAUUAAUUGCCAUGCAGUCUCCAAAGUCUGUUGAGUCAACUUCAAUAUCACCUCCAGAGACUGGAGAUAAAGGUGUAUCUGUAUCUCAAGGUACACCUGCUUCUAAGUUAACUGCUUCAGUAAGGAAGUCAAGAAGUUCAGUAGGUAUUCAUUCACCAGAGUCUUAUGAAUCAGAUUCAAGAUCAUCACCAAGGACUGGAGAUAAAGGAAAGUCUGGUUUUACAAGCUCGCCUGCAUCUGAACGAGCUGCUGCAGCAGGAAAAUUGAGAGGUUCAAGAGUUGUCAUGCAAUCUCCUGAGGUUGGAGGUACUGGAAACUCCUCAACAAGAAAAAAAAGGAAUGCAAAUAGCGCCAUUUUGUUUCCAAAGGCUACAGAUCAAAAUUGUACUUCUGUGAGAACAUUUUUAAGGUCUCCUGCUGGGCAAGAUCAUGAGGAAGUGAUACCUGUAUCAGACUUAUCUAUGUUGAAGCAGUCAUCUCCAAAUGCUGUUGCUUUGGUGUUGGAUGAAGGCCAUGGAUCUUCUGGCUCAGGAGUUUCAAAAUCUUCAGAGAAACAUAUGCACAGAUUGCCCAGAUCAGAUAGCACUUUGAAUGCUGUUACCACCCAGAAUUGUGUGUUGCUGCAAGAAUCUGGCUUUUCAUAUGAUUAUAAGAGCAGUUCACCAAAGAAGCGAGUUUCAGAGUCUUAUGAGAACCAGACGUUACCAACUCCAGAUUCCGUUAACACAACUUUUGAUUUUGAUUCUGUAAAGACUCCUCAUAUUUCUGUAGAAAAAUUUGUGUCGCCACUUUCCUCAAGUAGGAAACGAAAGAGUUCGACGUUACAGGUAGUGAGGAAUGGACAACAUUUUCAGAAGCUUAUGGAAAUGUCACCAAAGAAUAGUCUUGGUAGAGUCCAAGAAUUUUCAAAUAACUCUAGAAUUUUAAAAUCAUGCAAAAAUGAUUUUUCAGAUGUUAGUGGUGUGCAACAACUUCCUGAAACACAAAGCAGUCCGAAAUCUCCCACAAAUGAUACGUCAGAUGUGCAUAGAAGAAUUGAACUUACAAAGGCAUCAGGGUCUCCAAAAUCUACAAAUUACUUGACAGAUAUGUUUAUAGCUAAGCACCUUUCAAAGGUCCCAAGGCAUCCAAAGACUCCCAAAAAUGAUCUGAAAGAUGUUUCUGGUGUGAAACAGCUUAUGAAGACUCCAAAGUCUCCUAAGAAUGAUUUGAGCGAUGUUCGUGGUGUGAGACAACUUAUGAAAACGCCAAGGAGUCCAAAGUAUCCCAUAAAUGAUCUGAGUGAUGUUCGUGGUGUGAAGCAGUUAAUGAAGACACCUAAGAGCCAAAAGUCUCCUAAGAAUGAUUUGAGUGAUGUUCGUGGUGUGAAGCAGCUAAUGAAGAUACCUAAGAGCCAAAAGUCUCCUAAGAAUGAUUUGAGUGAUGUUCAUGGUGUAAAGGAACUUAUGGAGACUCCAAGAAGUGUGACGUCAGCUACAGAUUACUUAACAGAUAUUGAUGUUCAUGAGCUUGGGAAAGCUGUAACACUUGGUGGUGAUUCAUCAUGGACAGAAAGUAAACCAAAAUUUGAUAGUUCUGCUGUAAGUGGGGAAGUGUCUUCUGUGGCCACAAGGACACGUCGCAAACAGGCAUCUGGGAUGGCAACCCCCAUCAAGCACUCUCCAGAAUUUAUCAAAACAGAUAUUAAUGAAGCAGGCAAAAGUGGUACAGAAAUGAAUGCUGUGCAGAAGAAUGUCCAUUCACCUGAAGAAGUAAAGACAAGUAAUGCAAGAAGUAAACGUAAGAGAAAUGAACCACAUAGUACAUUAAAAGCUGAAGUAGCAGAUGGAACCCCAAAACCACUGUCAAAGAAGCAAGGGCAAAAGGAGAAGGUGGAAGAUGUUGAGGACCCUUCACCAGGACGGCAUGUUGAUAUAUUAGCCGGGUCCUCUGACAAGUCUCUUGCCUCUGGCAGAUCACAAAACAGAGUACAAUCUAGUGUUCCCAGUAGCCCAACCACACCAGUGGCUAGAGUUACAAGGAGGAAGAGAGGUGUGGCUACUGCUGAAGUUAAAUUGCCAGCCUCUCCGCCUGAAACAAUCAAAACACUGAGGUCAAGACGAAAUGUAGCGAAAACAGAAUCUGCUACAGCAUUCGAAAAAGCAAAAGAAGAUACAAGUGAUGUGCAGGUCUCCUCUCCACCUGCUAGGAGAACCCGAGGUAAAAAGUUGACUUCUGCUGUUGAAAUUUCAUCUCUAAAGAAAAAAUCAUGUAACGCAGACACUGUAGAAGUGGAAUCACCUUUUCCUUCCAAAAUGCAAUUGGGUGCUAAUGUCAAUACUGAUAAGGAAGAGUUCUUUCCUGCCAGAAGCAAAAGGAAACUAUAUGGCAGUGUGAACACUGGUUCUGAAUUAUCAUCACCCCUGAAAGUAAACGAAAGUACGAGUGUGAUAGUUGAUACUAUACCAUCGCCUCCUAGAAGACUACGGGGAGCAAUUGUUACUACCAAAGUUGAAAUUCCUCAGUCACCAGUUACAAGAAAGACUAGAGGUAAAUUGACUGUGACACCUGCAGUAACAUCAUCACCAGAUGUUAGUACAGUGCCAGUGGAAAACCAGUUGUUUUCAACUACUAGCAAGCAGCCACCAGCCAAUAGUUCUCCAUUAUCUGCAGUUGAAAGAGGAAAACAAGAAACCAAACCAUUUAAAUCUCCAUCUCCAAGACCUACAAGAAAAUUGCGAGGCACAAAGUUAUCAGAAGAAGAAGAAACUGAAUCAUCUGUUACUGAAACAAGAAAGAAGAAAACUAGGGUAAUAUCAAGUCCAUUGUCAAAGGCAAAAUCACCCACUCCACCAAGAAGGGGUGGGAGUCAGUCCACAAAGAAAGAAGUGAGCCCACUCGCAACAACAGAGCGUCAGAUACGUGCAUGUCGAAGAAAGAAAUAAAGAAUACAGAAGAUGCAGUAAUUGUGCACACACACAUAUCUAUCUACAUGCCACUUUUGUGUGUCACAUAAUUUUUAGUUUUUUCUGUGACAUUUUCUUACAUUGUUGUUGGUGUACUUUCAUAACCUCAGAAAAUGUAAAUAUCAUAGUACUUUUAACUUUUUUAAUGUACAAUGUGUAUUUUUUAUAAGAAAGUAAUGACUGAAGUGAAGCUGAUAGAAUGGUAUCAGCAUUAUUAAUUCAGAGCAGUUUUCAUGAGGUAUUUAAAAGAUUUGGAUAUUGGCCUUAGAAUGUUGCCUUUUAAAAUGUAUGGUACAAAAUGUUUAUGGCUUUGUUUUUUUCUUGUUGUCAUAUGGUGCAAUUUAGUUUCAAUUACAGGUUGUUUAAUGUCCUGACCUCUAAUGUCUAUGAAGGUCCAAACAUUUCUGUGUGUCACAUCUGUAAGUCUUGGAAACUAAUUCCCUGUUUAACAUCUUUCAAAUUAUUCAUGUAUGUUGGUAUAGAUUGGUAGUAUCUAAUGAUGCAAUAUUUCAUUAUAGAAGAAUGUAAUAAAUUGUUACUUCAUUGUUUUUAAAAUAAAACCUAAUCCUUUUCCAUUUUAACUUUCAUUUUCCAAAAUUAAUUUGUGUAAUCAAAAUGUACAAGAAUGUAUUGAAUUUAUGACAAUACCUUUAUACUUCAUUUCUGACAAACCACUUGCAUCAGUGAAUAAAUCAAAUUACUACCAUUGUAAAUUCAGUUCUCAAUGCUGCCACUGAUGGAAGUUUGUGGACAUCUUAAAAAUUUUGAAUUUGGAAAAUAUAUAAAAUAUAACACAUUAUCUCUGGUAAAAUUUAGGGAAGUUUUGACAUUUACAUAAUUGGCAGCUUGGUACCUGGCUUCUAGAGUCAAGCAGUCCAGCAAUUUUUAACCACUAUGGUUCCAUUUUACAGUGGUUGAGUAACUGAUUUUAAGCAGUCAUCUUUACGUUGGUACCUUUAGGUUACCAACUACAUGUAUGACUCUACAAUCUUAGGAAAAGAGGGUUGCUAAGAGUGGGAGCUUUUGUCAGCAAAAUAUUUUGUGCUGCUUGUCAUGUGGAUGAGUUCAGUAAUGUGUUCAAAAUAUUUAGUUUUUCUUAGUGUGUUAAUUAUUUAAUGGUGUAUCAACUUCUAACAAUUGCAUACUGUAUUGGAAUUUGGUAUGUAAGACACCUUUUCAGUUGAAAGUGUUAUAAAUCAGUAGUGGUUUCUGUAGAUGAAGAUACUGUUGACUGGCAUAAUGAAGUACAUUUAGUAUACAGUAGAUAUUGAGUUUUGGUGGAGUGUGAAAUGAUGGCAGGCUAUUGGGCUGAAGUUGUAGAUUCCAAAGUGGAUAGUUUACCUGAUAACACAGUUGGGUGGUUGGAAUUCAAGUUGAUUUUAAUCAUGGUUUUCACUUGCGUGCAGCACAAGUAGCAAAAUAGUCACCUCUCGAUGGGAAUGUAAUAUUUUGUAACUUGCUAGACUGCUGAUAUUUUGAUAAUUGAGUAAUAUUCAUAGUCACAAAUUUGCAUUAAUUAAUACAGAAGCUGUAUUCAGAAUUGAAAUGCUGACAAAUAUGUGUAGCUUAUAAGUAAAACUAUGGGCAUGUUUUUGAAAAGCAGUUUAAUUCAGGAAAUGCUUCCUCAAUGCAGUUCAGACUUAUAACUGGUGUAAAAAUGUAAAGAUAAAACAUUUUAUGUCUUA